GCUGAUUAUCAUUGAGCGAGAGUAGAAUUAGUUUAUACAAUCCAUAUUCGUUUCGUGUACUCGUAAAUUAUUAAAUAAUAUAUUUUUUUUUUUUUUUUUUCAUUGCAUAUUUUUAGAGCUUAUUCAGCAAUUUUUAAGGUGAUAUUAUAGCGCAUAUUUAUGCAAUUUUAAAUGCUGUAAAAUCCCAACUCUGGUGAUUAAUGAUUGUCACAAGCUGCAAUGAACACAAUUGUGUUAUAAAUUUAAAAUGAAUCGUCAAGCAUUUAAAUUAAUAACAUUUGAUAUAACUGGUACAUUACUUAAAUAUCGAAGUUCUCCUGCUAUAGAAUACUCAAAUGUUCUUAAAAAAUAUGGAGUAAAAGUCAAAUUGUCAACUCUUGAAGAUUUGAUUAAUAAAAAUUGGACAUUCAUGACAAAAACACAUCCAAAUUUUGGCCUCAAUACAGGUCUUGGAUGGGAAAAAUACUGGAGAACUUAUGCUCAUAAUGUUUUUAAUAGAGCAUUUCAUAUAGAAAGUAUAUCAGACAAUGUACCUUUGGAAGCAAUAAUUGAUGACUUAAUGAUUAUAUACAGUACUGGAGAAACGUUUAAAGUACAGAAUGGAGCUAUAGAGUUAUUGGAGUAUUUAAAUAAAGAACAAAUAACAUUGGGAGUCAUAACUAAUUAUGAUCCAAGAAUUAAAUAUAUGUUAAAAAAUCUUGGUCUUUCUCAUUAUUUUAAAUUUAUUUUGUCUUCAUAUGAAGCCAAGUUUGAAAAACCUAAUUUUCAAAUAUUCAGAGAAGCUGAAUCAUAUGUCAACUAUCAAUUAAAUUUUAAUCGAAAGUUGUUUUUGCACAUAGGAGAUUCAUAUUUAUUUGACUUUAAAGGUGCUGAAGAUGCUGGAUGGUCAGCAUGUUUAGUGCAUACUGAUAAAAAUAUAAUAAAAAAAUACCCAAAUGUAAAUGGUUAUAUAUUUGAUGAUUUUAACGCUCUGAAAAUGUUCUUAAUAUCAUGUAAUGCAAAAAAUAUCUGUUCUGAAUAGCAAUAUUAAUAGUUUUUGUCCUUAUGGAAUUUAUUUUGAUUACCUUAAUGUUAUUUAUUAUCAUUUAUAAUUUUUAAAUCUAUUAGUAUAAACUUGUAUAAAUGUAAUCAUAUGUUAACAUAUCCUUCAUAUUUAAACGCUUUUUAUAUUUUAAUAAAUUAUUAUAAUCGGUACAAUAUAUUUUAUAAU